CGCACAGCACGCUGGUCUGUCUUGCCGACCCAACCACUGCUGUCGAUACUGUUCGUCCAUCCCGCUGGCAUCUUUGUGAAACGCACUCUGCUCUGCACUAUCCCCUCAGAAGCAACGUUCUCCUAGCUCGCAGUUCGCAGUCGCAGCAACCAACCAACCCGUUUGUUCCCACAACAAGGGUCUUCGAGGGGUACGGCAGUAGUACAGAAAAGCGAGAGGGUGGGGGUGGUGCCCGGCGUCUCCUCUGCUGCUACUGGUGCUGCUAGAGCCAUGAAGGACAUCGAACGGGAGGACAGCAAGGCGCUCAUUCUCCCCCAAGAGGCUUCCCCUCGUCGGAACACGGAGGUUGUGUACCGUUCCACGAGACACUUCUCCGACGAGGAUCUGAAAGGCCAGCAAUAUCUGCGGCCCUCGACCACGAAGGACGCCCUCGCAAACGGUGCCGCCGGGGAGGAGGCGUCGGUGCCGCCGCCCACGCUCGUGGAGCAGGCUGCGGCGGCAUUGUUCUAUGCCGCAGCGAGCCUGUUGGUGAUUUUCGUGAAUAAGCUGGUCCUGACGAGCAAAGGGUUUCCGAGUUUUUUCUUCAUCGCCAUCUCCCAAUUCACGUCCACAUGCCUCGUCGUGAACGUGCUACGCCUCACGGGGCACGUACAGCUUGCUAGGUUUGACAGGGCAACUGCGGAGGCCGUCGCGCCGCUCAUGGUUAUCUUUCUUCUCAACACCGUUUCCGGGCUGGGCGGCACGAAACGAAUUAGCCUCCCGAUGUUCACGGCCCUCAGGCGUUUCAGCAUCCUCAUGACCAUGAUCAUGGAGAGGUACAUUUUGAACACGGUGACGUCUAGAACGGUGCAGCUUUCUGUGGCCAUGAUGAUCGGCGGAUCCAUCCUCGCCGCGUAUUUCGACCUCAAGUUCGAGCUUCAGGGGUACUUGCUGGUCCUGACGAACGACUUCUUCACAGCCUCGUACAGCAUCUCCAUCAAGCGGGCGCUGAACCUCAAAAUCCCGCAGACUAGCCUCCUGUACUUCAACAGCCUCUUCGGAGCCAUUGUCAUGACCCUCGUCGUGUUCAUCAUGCCGGGCGAGACGGAGAGCAUCGUGGAGUUCCCGGGGUGGCGGGAUCCGGCCUUCAUAGGUCUGUACAUCUGCACGUCUUUCAUGGGUUCGGUGUUGCAGUACUCCAUCUUCCGGUGCACGCGGGUCAACUCGGCGCUCACCACCUCGGUAGUGGGCUGCGCCAAGAACCUCCUGACGACCGUGGUGGGGAUGCUCGGCAUGGGAGACGACUACGAGUUCGAGGCCCUCAACUGCGCCGGCAUGGUCGUCAGCAUGGGCGGGUCCUUCCUCUACUCGUGGGCGAAGGUCAUGAAGCGAUGA